AUGUUUCCACUCAGAUUUGCUCAAAACUCCGCCGCGUUUGUACGAAACGCGCAACAGACCCCAACGAAAUUUUCAAGGUUUAUGGCAACAACAGGCAAGAAGAAAGAGUUUCUAUGUCUUUUGCCAGAUCGACCAAACCCUUUAAGUAUAAGAAAGAAAGUCAAGGGGUAUGAUGAUUUAGAUAAUCUCAAUUCUUGCUGGAUUACGCUAAUACAGCAUGCCAGCGGCCAUUACGAAGGAAUCCAGCCUUUGAUUGCCCAGGGUCAGCUUGUUGACGGGGGUAUUUGGGAACCCAGGCCUUAUAAGAUGAAAACAGGCGCUAUUUUCAGAGAGCAUCCCGAGCAGGGAAAAGAAGAACAGUUCGAAGGAAGUGUGGUUGUGUUUGCUGCCGAAAACGUUGAAGAGGUUCGCGGCAUCAUCAGCCAGGAUAUCUAUGCCACUAGUGGAGUACGGGAUCUUGAGAAAGUACAAAUAUUUCCUUAUGUGCCCGCUGUUCGAGAGCCUAUCUUCAAACCAUGA